AUGCUGAGGAAUGAGCGACGACAGUUCAAGGAGGAGAAGCUUGCGGAGCAGCUCAAGCAAGCUGAGGAGCUCAGUGGCCGCAAGAUGCACUAUGUGUAUUUUCACAUGGAAAUGUCCAUGGCCAGAGAUCACUCAACCCUUUCUACUCUUAAAUUUUCUCUACCGUCUCAUCUUAGGCAAUAUAAAGUCCUGGCUCACUCUCAGGAACGAGAGCUGACCCAGUUAAAGGAGAAGUUAUGGGAAGGGAGAGAUGCCGCCCACUCAUUGAAUGAGCAUGUCCAGGCCCUCCUCACUCCGGAUGAGCCGGACAAGUCCCUGGGGCAGGACCUCCAAGAACAGCUGGCUGAGGGGUGUAGACUGGCACAGCAACUUGUCCAAAAGCUCAGCCCAGAAAAUGACGAAGAUGUUCAAGUUGAGGAGGCUGAGAAAGUGCAGAAAUCAUCUCCCCCCAGGGAGAUGCAGAAGGCUGAAAAAAAGGAAGUCCCUGAGGACUCACUGGAGGAAUGUGCCAUCACUUGUUCAAAUAGCCAUGGCCCUUAUGACUCCAACCAGCCACAUAGGAAAACCAAAUUCAUAUUUGAAGAAGACAAAGUCGACUCAACUCUCAUUGGCUCAUCCUCUCAUGUUGAAUGGGAGGAUGCUGUAGACAUUAUUCCAGAAAAUGAAAGUGAUGAUGAGGAAGAGGAAGAAAAAGGGCCAGUGUCUCCCAGGCUCAGCAGGGAGCUGCUGGAUGAGAAAGGGCCUGAAGUCUUGCAGGACUCACUGGAUAGAUGUUAUUCAACUCCUUCCAGUUGUCUUGAACAGCCUGACUCCUGCCAGGCCUAUGGAAGUUCGUUUUAUGCAUUGGAGGAAAAACAUGUUGGCCUUUCUCUUGACGUGGGAGAAAUUGAAAAGAAGGGGAAGGGGAAGAAAAGAAGGGGAAGAAGAUCCAAGAAGAAAAGAAGAAGGGGAAGAAAAGAAGGGGAAGAAGAUCAAAACCCACCAUGCCCCAGGCUCAACGGCGUGCUGAUGGAAGUGGAAGAGCCUGAAGUCUUACAGGACUCACUGGAUAGAUGUUAUUCGACUCCGUCAAUGUACUUUGAACUACCUGACUCAUUCCAGCACUACAGAAGUGUGUUUUACUCAUUUGAGGAACAGCACAUCAGCUUCGCCCUUUACGUGGACAAUAGGUUUUUUACUUUGACGGCAUUAAUGGAUCUAUCCUUUUUCUUUUCUAAGCACUUCCUUAUGUUACUUCUGAAAUCUAGUGGGGCUCUGUGGUGUCUGAUUUUCCCUGGCUGCUUCUUUAGUUUUGUCUCCUUUUCCAGGCUCAACGGCGUGCUGAUGGAAGUGGAAGAGCCUGAAGUCUUACAGGACUCACUGGAUAGAUGUUAUUCGACUCCGUCAAUGUACUUUGAACUACCUGACUCAUUCCAGCACUACAGAAGUGUGUUUUACUCAUUUGAGGAACAGCACAUCAGCUUCGCCCUUUACGUGGACAAUAGGCUCAACGGCAUGCUGAUGGAAGUGGAAGAGCCUGAAGUCUUACAGGACUCACUGGAUAGAUGUUAUUCAACUCCUUCAGGUUGUCUUGAACUGACUGACUCAUGCCAGCCCUACAGAAGUGCCUUUUACGUAUUGGAGCAACAGCGUGUUGGCUUGGCUGUUGACAUGGAUGAAAUUGAAAAGUACCAAGAAGUGGAAGAAGACCAAGACCCAUCAUGCCCCAGGCUCAGCAGGGAGCUGCUGGAUGAGAAAGGGCCUGAAGUCUUGCAGGACUCACUGGAUAGAUGUUAUUCGACUCCUUCAGGUUAUCUUGAACUGCCUGACUUAGGCCAGCCCUACAGCAGUGCUGUUUACUCAUUGGAGGAACAGUACCUUGGCUUGGCUCUUGACGUGGACAGAAUUAAAAAUGACCAAGAAGAGGAAGAAGACCAAGGCCCACCAUGCCCCAGGCUCAGCAGGGAGCUGCUGGAGGUAGUAGAGCCUGAAGUCUUGCAGGACUCACUGGAUAGAUGUUAUUCAACUCCUUCCAGUUGUCUUGAACAGCCUGACUCCUGCCAGGCCUAUGGAAGUUCGUUUUAUGCAUUGGAGGAAAAACAUGUUGGCUUUUCUCUUGACGUGGGAGAAAUUGAAAAGACGGGGAAGGGGAAGAAAAGAAGGGGAAGAAGAUCCAAGAAGAAAAGAAGAAGGGGAGGAAAAGAAGGGGAAGAAGAUCAAAACCCACCAUGCCCCAGGCUCAACGGCAUGCUGAUGGAAGUGGAAGAGCCUGAAGUCUUACAGGACUCACUGGAUAGAUGUUAUUCGACUCCGUCAAUGUAUUUUGAACUACCUGACUCAUUCCAGCACUACAGAAGUGUGUUUUACUCAUUUGAGGAACAGCAUCUCAGCUUCGCCCUUUACGUGGACAAUAGGCUCAACGGUGUGCUGAUGGAAGUGGAAGAGCCUGAAGUCUUACAGGACUCACUGGAUAGAUGUUAUUCAACUCCUUCAGGUUGUCUUGAACUGACUGACUCAUGCCAGCCCUACAGAAGUGCCUUUUACGUAUUGGAGCAACAGCGUGUUGGCUUGGCUGUUGACAUGGAUGAAAUUGAAAAGUACCAAGAAGUGGAAGAAGACCAAGACCCAUCAUGCCCCAGGCUCAGCAGGGAGCUGCUGGAUGAGAAAGGGCCUGAAGUCUUGCAGGACUCACUGGAUAGAUGUUAUUCGACUCCUUCAGGUUAUCUUGAACUGCCUGACUUAGGCCAGCCCUACAGCAGUGCUGUUUACUCAUUGGAGGAACAGUACCUUGGCUUGGCUCUUGACGUGGACAGAAUUAAAAAUGACCAAGAAGAGGAAGAAGACCAAGGCCCACCAUGCCCCAGGCUCAGCAGGGAGCUGCUGGAGGUAGUAGAGCCUGAAGUCUUGCAGGACUCACUGGAUAGAUGUUAUUCAACUCCUUCCAGUUGUCUUGAACAGCCUGACUCCUGCCAGGCCUAUGGAAGUUCGUUUUAUGCAUUGGAGGAAAAACAUGUUGGCUUUUCUCUUGACGUGGGAGAAAUUGAAAAGACGGGGAAGGGGAAGAAAAGAAGGGGAAGAAGAUCCAAGAAGAAAAGAAGAAGGGGAGGAAAAGAAGGGGAAGAAGAUCAAAACCCACCAUGCCCCAGGCUCAACGGCGUGCUGAUGGAAGUGGAAGAGCCUGAAGUCUUACAGGACUCACUGGAUAGAUGUUAUUCGACUCCGUCAAUGUACUUUGAACUACCUGACUCAUUCCAGCACUACAGAAGUGUGUUUUACUCAUUUGAGGAACAGCACAUCAGCUUCACCCUUUACGUGGACAAUAGGUUUUUUACUUUGACGGUGACAAGUCUCCACCUGGUGUUCCAGAUGGAAGUCAUAUUCCCACAAUAAACAGCCCUUACUAAGCCGAGUGUUGUCAUUCCUGCAGGCAGGACCUAUAGGUACGUGAAGAUUUGAAUGAAAGUACAGUUCCAUUUGGAAGCCCAGACAUAGGAUGGGUCAGUGGGCAUGGCUCUAUUCCUAUUCUCAAACCAUGCCAGUGGCAACCUGUGCUCAGUCUGAAGACAAUGGACCCACGUUAGGUGUGACACAUUCACAUAACUGUGCAGCACAUGCCGGGAGUGAUCAGUCAGACAUUUAUUUUGAACCACGUAUCUCUGGGUAGCUACAAAAUUCCUCAGGGAUUUCAUUUUGCAGGCAUGUCUUUGAGCUUCUAUACCUGCUCAAUGUCUGUCAGCGUCAUCUUUGUGUUUAGCUCAUCCAAAAUUGUUACCCUGGUUUCAAUGAACCUAACCUCAUUCUUUGUGUCUUCAGUGUUGGCUUGUUUUAGCUGAUCCAUCUGUAACACAGGAGGGAUCCUUGGCUGAGGAUUGUAUUUCAGAACCACCAACUGCUCUUGACAAUUGUUAACCCACUAGGCUCCUUUGGUUAGAGAAGCCACAGUCCUUCAGCCUCCAAUUGGUGUCAGUACUUAGGAAGACCACAGCUAGAUGGACAAACAGCAUUGGAAGGCCUUAGCCCUGCUCCUCUCAAUUCCAUCCUGUAGAGAACAGGAGGCAGGAGCCGCUGGCAGGAGACAGCAUGUCACCCAGGACUCUGCCGGUGCAGAAUAUGAACAAUGCCAUGUUCUUGCAGAAAACGCUUAGCCUGAGUUUCAUAGGAGGUAAUCACCAGACAACUGCAGAAUGUAGAACACUCAGCAGGACAACUGACCUGUCUCCUUCACAUAGUCCAUAUCACCACAAAUCACACAACAAAAAGGAGAAGAGAUAUUUUGGGUUCGAAAAAAGUAAACAGAUAAUGUAGCUGCAUUUCUUUAGUUAUUUUGAACCCCAAAUAUUUCCUCAUCUUUUUGUUGUUGUCAUGGAUGGUGGUGACAUGGACUUGUUUAUAGAGGACAGGUCAGCUGUCUGGCUCAAUGAUCUACAUUCUGAAGUUGUCUGAAAAUGUCUUCAUGAUUAAAUUCAGCCUAAACGUUUUGCCGGGAACACUGCAGAGACAAUGCUGUGAGUUCUCAACCUCAGCCCAUCUGCGGGCAGAGAAGGUCUAGUUUGUCCAUCACCAUUAUGAUAUCAGGACUGGUUACUUGGUUAAGGAGGGGUCUAGGAGAUCUGUCCCUUUUAGAGACACCUUACUUAUAAUGAAGUACUUGGGAAAGCGGUUUUCAAGAGUAUAAAUAUCCUGUAUUCUAAUGAUCAUCCUCUAAACAUUUUAUCAUUUAUUAAUCCUCCCUGUGUCUAUUAUUAUAUUCAUAUCUCUACACUGCAAAUUUUGGGUCGCAAUUUUUACUGUGCCUUUGUUUUUACUAGUGUCUGCUGUUGCAAAAGGAAGAAAACAUUCUCUGCCUGAGUUUUAAUUUUUGUCCAAAGUUAAUUUUAAUCUAUACAAUUAAAACCUUUUGCCUAUCA